AUGAAGCGUUUUAGACAUUUUACACCGGCGUGGUUUGCAGUGAUCAUGGGCACCGGUGCAAUAUCUAUCCUCUUCGAAAAUUUCCCAUAUGGGAGUGCAACAACACCAAUGAAGACCUUCUCAGCAAUAUUUUUCUUCCUCAACCUUAUUCUCUUCGCCACCUUCAACGUUGUAUCGCUCUUCCGAUAUCUGAUGUUCCCGGACAUCUGGUCCCUCAUGUUGCGCCACCCCUCACAAUCACUGUUCCUUGGGUGCUAUCCCAUGGGCGCCACAACGCUCAUCAACGUCUCUGCGGGUCUCUUUUAUAAGGAGUACGGGUUCGGAGGGACCGGAUUCUUAUACGGCUUAUGGGGACUGUGGUGGCUCGAUGUCGCAAUCUCCGUUCUGUGUUGUUGGGGGCUCGUUCACAUCAUGGUAGUCCAACAUGACCACGCCAUCGCUCGCAUGACGCCAGUCUGGCUCCUUCCCGUAGUGACACUCAUCGUCGCAUCCUCGACCGGUGGUGUUCUGACACCCUAUCUCUACGCCAUAUCACCUGCACAUGCUCUUCUCACUGCAACGACCUGCGUCCUCCUCGUCUCCAUCGGCCUGUCCCUCGCACUCAUGAUAUUGACCGUUUAUCUCUACCGCCUCAUCACACAUGGCCCACCACCAGGAGCUAACAUUCUUUCCUCAUUCAUACCGCUUGGACCGACGGGGCAGUCGGGCUUUGCGAUCCUGUUGAUCGGUCAGGCAUUCAAGGAGAUUCUGCCGUAUGCCCACGCAGGUGAUAGUGGGAUAUUAGCUAGCGAAGUGGCGGGAGAUAUCAUUUGGACGGUUUGUGUGGGUUUGAGUUUCGUGUUGUGGUGUUUGGCCACGAUGUGGUUGGGAAUUGCAUGUCUGGGUCUGCAGCAUGUCUUGCGAAAAACGAGGUUCCCGUUCAAGUUGCCGUUCUGGGGCAUGAUCUUCCCUAAUGGAGUCUAUGCCAACCUCACCAUCCAACUCGGCAAAACCUUCGACUCUUCAUUCUUCCGCGUCUGGGGCGCUAUCUACGCCGUCAUCACCCUCUUGCUAUGGCUCUACGUCUUCACACGGACGAUGUCGCUAGUAAGGAAUGGGGAGAUAUUUGAAGCGCCUUGUGUUCAGGAGAUGGAUUUGUCGGCCCCGCGGGACGGAAAGAUGCCGGUCAUGCAUUCGCAAGAUGCCAGUGGUGGGUCAUCGACGAUGAUGGAAGAUAUGGGGUGUCGAGGGUCGGAUGGGAAUGUUAGAUGA